AUGGAACUCACAAUGGAAAACAUUGGAAACAUGCACGGCGUCUCGCACUCGCAUGCGGGGGACUUGAUGAAUUCCUCGCAUAGUAGACAAGCGUCGGCGUCGCACCGGAACUUGGCAUCGCACGGGCGCUCGGCGAUGGUCUCCAGCAUGGCUUCGAUUCUGGAGGGCGCCGGAGAGUACCGGAGCGACCCCACGCUGUCUGGUCACCUGCAUCCCGCCAUGACCAUGUGCGAGUCGGGCAUGGGUCUGUCCAAUACGUACACCACCCUCACACCGCUCCAACACCUGCCACCCAUCUCCACGGUGUCCGACAAGUUCCACCAUCCCCACCCGCACCCGCAUCACCACGCCGCGCACCAGCGCCUCUCCUCCGGCAACGUCAGCGGCAGUUUUACGUUCAUGCGGGAUGACCGCGGCCUGGCCUCCAUGGGCAACUUAUACGGCCACUACCCCAAAGAGAUGUCCGGGAUGAGCCAGCCGCUCUCCCCGCUCUCCAACGGCCUCGGAUCCCUGCACAAUUCCCAGCAAGCGCUAUCAGCGUACGGGCCGGGCGCGCACCUCCCCAACGACAAGAUGCUCUCCUCGGGAGGCUUCGAGUCCCAUGCGGCGAUCCUGUCGAGGAGCGAGGAGCAUCUCGCUCGGAGUUUAGGAGGCCACGGGCACGGCAUGAUCUCCAAUCUGAACGGCAUGCACCCUCACAGCCACCUGCACUCGCAGGCAAACGGGUCCAUGCUGAGCGACAGAGAGCGGCACGGCGCCGGGCCCGGGCUGAGCGGCGGCUCGGGGCAGGGGGACGAGAUCAACACCAAAGAGGUGGCCCAGAGGAUCACGGCCGAGCUGAAGCGGUACAGCAUACCUCAAGCCAUUUUCGCCCAGAGGAUCUUGUGUCGAUCCCAGGGAACUCUAUCUGACCUCCUGCGCAACCCGAAGCCCUGGAGUAAACUUAAGUCCGGCCGGGAGACAUUCAGGAGGAUGUGGAAGUGGUUGCAAGAACCCGAAUUCCAGAGGAUGUCUGCGUUAAGGCUCGCAGCCUGCAAGAGAAAGGAACAAGAGCAGCACAAAGACAGAAACAUGGUGCCCAAGAAACAGCGUCUGGUCUUCACCGACCUGCAGCGGCGGACCCUCAUCGCGAUCUUCAAGGAGAACAAGCGGCCCAGCAAAGAGAUGCAGAUUACGAUCUCUCAGCAGCUGGGCCUGGAGCUCUCCACCGUCAGCAAUUUCUUCAUGAACGCCCGGCGCCGCUGCGUGGACCGCUGGCAGGACGAGCACGCGUCCAGCCACGGUCAGCCCGGUACCUCGGCCACCACUUUCUCCAAGGCGUGA